AUGCGCUUGUUGCAUCUACGCCAUGGCCUUGUUGCCGGACAUUCUCUGAAAUAUCACGGCCGCUAUUUCUCAAGUUCUCGUAUCUAUAAUGAUUUGACACCCUUCACUCGACGCCUUUUCAAGCUUCCCUCACCUCCGUAUCCGCCCUCGCAAAACCACAAUGAUCUGACAACAUUCCUUUCUUAUGCGGAGCAGAUCUCACUCUCAAAAGAAAGCACAGUAUACGUCGGUACACACUACGAAUACACCGUCCUCAAGACCCUCCGGCGCUAUGCGCUGAGUCUCAAUCGCAUUGGCGGACGCGACGAUGCGGGCAUCGAUCUCGUCGGCACUUGGCAUCUACCAGAGCGCGAGCGCGAGCGCGCUCUGCGCGUGCUAGUACAAUGCAAAUCUCUCAAGACCAAAAUCGGACCCAACAUCGUCCGCGAGCUCGAAGGUACCCUGCGACAAGCUCCUGUCGGAUGGCGCACGGACCAGACGGUUGGCGUGUUGGUUAGUCCGCGCGAGGCAACUAAAGGUGUUCGUGAUGCGUUAGCGCGGAGUGCGUACCCAGUCUUUUGGAUGAUGAUUGAGAGGGAUGGAAGUUUAAAACAGGCGCUGUGGAACUCGCGUGCGGAGGAGCUCGGAAUCAGACCACUAGGCGUGGAAACACGAUAUGAGACUGCGGCCGAGGGCGCCGAGUCUGACUCGGUUACCAAGCAGAUCGCUCUGACCUGGGAUGGUCAUGAUAUUCCUGAUAUGGAUCAAGUGGAGCAAGGUCUCGCCGAAUCUGAGGCGCAAUGGGUCGCAUCUUGGGGUAUAGGCUCACCCCAGCCUGAUAAAGACCGAUUGUUAGACGCUGCGGAGAGAGUGCUCGCACAGAAUGUCUCGUCCGAGCUAUUACGUGGUUCACUUUCGGAUGCAGAUCGCACCAGGGUCAUCCAAGCUCUACAAGAACGGCAACAGCAGCCUUGA